AUGGAGAAUUUAUUGAAGAAACUUAUCAUACAGAAGUCUUUCAGAUCGCGUGUUGAAGAUUUUAAUAUGUUCAACGUUUCAAUGAGCAUCCAAAUCUCUAAAAAUGACAAAGAAGCAACGUACAAUUUGACUAAAGAUGGCUACUUUGAGAUCAGCCAGAUCUGCGCCGAGUUCAACCAGUUCCUCGUCUUCCCAAAGAUACAAGAGCCUCCAGAAACGUGUCACACGUCCUGCCAGACAGAUGCCGACAUUCAGGUUUCAAAAGCAAGGCUAGAAAAACUCGACUUUGUGCCCAAAUUCGAACCUGUUGAUGAUUACGGAUACCAAGGAAAUGAUAUUGAAAUCACGGAAAUGGAUGACGAAGAGUCGGAUGAGGACGAGAAUGAUCCAAAGAGACCACGAAUUGACGACAUAGAAGAAAUUGCAAUGGGAGAAGAAGAUGAUGAUGAUGACAACGAAUUUGCUGGGGUAACAGCCGUAUUUGACGAAAGUGAUACCGAAGAGCAGCCAAGCACUGAUGCCAGUGCUUCAAAAACUGCCAGACGUUCAGAAAGAGAGCGAAGAAAACCGACUCGAUUCAACCUUCCAAAGCCUCAACCAAGGGUCCGCCAAGAAAAAAGAGAGGAAGUUUUCAUAACAAGAAUUGAAACACCAACUCAGAUAAUCGACGUACCUCCGUCAAUGUCUGCGCCGAUAACUGUUCAUUUACGAAGAUCGAAGCGGCGUUGUGCUGAAUGCAUGCCUAAAAGAACAAGAUGCAGAGUAUUUUGUGACAAUUGUAACAGUGCAAUCUACGCGAAAAAAAUCAAGCUCCAACUUGAAGAUGAUGAGAUCAAAAGAGCGCAAGCAAAGGGAAAGGCCCAAGCGGAAGCUCAGAUGGAAAAUCUUCAGUUAGAAAUCGAAUAUGAAAACAAACGGCUGAAAGAAAUCUACAAGAAAUAUGGUGCAAUCGCUGUCAUUUUCGACGACGGAGGAGACGGCUCCAGCUUCACAGCCAUUCCCAAGAAACAGGUGGAGCCAGAACCCGUCUAUGAUCUGGACUGGAUCCGUCGACAAAUGUCUGAAGAAGAAUGGAGAAAGCUUAGUGAGAAAGAGCGCCAGAGACUUCUGAUGGAGGCAAAACUUCUUGAAAGAAUGCUUAGGCGAGAAAUGUACGGUGAAGAUUGGCAAAGGCGUUUGAGAGAACUUGGUGAUGAUGAAGAAGCACGGCGAAGAUUACUCGAAGAACAACGUCGAAAAAUGGAAAGAAUGCUCGCUUUGAGACUUCUCAACAAGAAGAAAAACGAAAAUGAAGGCGACGAUGUCGACGACGACAUCAUAUUUGACGUCCCAGUCGAAUGGUUCGAUGAAGGGGACGAAAAUCUCGCUAAAAUCGAAGAAGAUUAUUGUGUUGACUGGGUAAAACGGCAAAUGGAUGAAGAAGAAUGGAGAAAACUUUCAGAGCAGGAGAGGCAGCGACUUAUUGCUCUGGCAAAAUUAGAGCAGCGUAAACUAAGACGAGAAAUGUAUGGAGAUGACUGGUUGAGGUACCUGGCUUCUCUCCGUGAUCAAGAAGCAAUUGACGAGGCUAAGAGGAGACAAAAAGAAGAAUUCGAUCGACUUUUGAAAGCAAGAUUACUCAGAAAAGGAGAUAAAACUGAGGAGGAGCUUCAAAAAGAGGUGGAGGAGUUGAUAGAAGAGGAGCUGGAAAACAAAGUUGAGGAAGAGUAUGAUGUCGACUGGGUAAAGCGACAACUUGAUGAGGAAGAGUGGCGAAAACUCAACGAGCGGGAGCGAAAUCGAAUCAUGACAAAACACCGCGUAGCUCGAUUGAAACUCAUGAAAGAAAUGUUUGGCGAUGAUUUCAAGAUGCGGCUCAAACAGCUUGGCGACGACGAAGACGCUCGACGAAGACUCAUGGAAGAACAACGGCGACUCUUUGAGGAAAAACUGGCGGCAAAGUUAAAAAUGAAAAAGCCUAAGAAGCUUGAAGAAGUUGAAGAUGCAGAUAUUUCGGAAAAAGAUCUUGAGAAAUUUUCAGCAGAUUGGUUGCUCAAACAAAUGGGUGAAGAUGAGUGGAAUAAACUUUCUGAGCAGGAGCGACAAAGGAUGAUUGCACUCGCAAAACUUGAAGCCAAAAAAGCCCAAAAAGAAUUCUACGGCGAUGAGUGGCUUAGACGCCUUAAAGAAAUCGAAGGAGACGAAAACGCCAUGAAAAAGCUACGAGAUGAGCAGAGAAAAGCCUUCAAUGCUCGACUGGCAGCUGCUUUACUUGCCGCAAAGAAACGUCCUGAAUUGCCAGAAAAAGAACCUCGCUCUCUUCUUGAUGUCGAAGACAAGAUCGUUGAUGAAGAGAAGAUGGAGGAAUUUUCUGCUGAUUGGGUUCAACAACAAAUGAGUGAAGCCGAGUGGAAGAAACUUUCAGAACAAGAGCGACAGCGACUCAUUGCCAUAGCGAAGCUCGAACAGAAAAAGCUUCAGAAAGAAAUGUACGCCGACGAUUAUCUGAAAGCAAUGGAGUCACUCGAGGGCGAUGAAAAUGCGAUGAAGAAACUCCGCGACGAUCAACGAAACGCUUUUGAUGCUCGUCUUGCCGCGGCUCUUUUAGCGGUUAAAAAUCGACCGGAAUCCCCUGAGCCAGAAUCUCUCCUUGAAGUCCAAGAAAAAAUCGUCGACGAUGAAAAACUUGAGCAAUUUUCUGCGGACUGGGUAAAGCAGCAAAUGAACGAGACUGAAUGGAAGCAGUUGUCGGAGCAAGAACGACAACGACUCAUCGCCAUUGCAAAAUUAGAGCAAAAAAAGCUUCAAAAAGAAAUCUAUGGAGAUGAUUACCUGAAAGCCAUGAAAUUGCUUGAAGGUGACGAGGAAGCCACGAAAAAGCUCCAAGAAGAGCAACGCAAGAAUUUCGAUACUAGACUGGCAGCAGCAUUAGCUGCGGCGAGGAGACCAAAAGUUGAGAAGUUAGAUGAAAUCCAAGAAUUGUCCGCAGAAGAACUCCCACCCGAGAAAGUUGAACAAUUUUGUGCCGACUGGGUCAAGGAUGAAAUGGACGCUGCCGAAUGGAAGAAACUAUCUGAACAAGAGCGACAAAAACUUAUUGCCCUGGCGAAACUCGAGCAGAAAAAACUUCAGAAGGAAAUCUACGGUGACGACUUUACCAUGAAACUGAAGCAGUUAGAAGGUGAUGAAGCCGCAAUUAAAGCGCUAAGAGAAGAGCAAAGAACAAAAUUUAAUGCUCUUUUGGCUGCUAGAGUUCUGAAAAAAGAAAAACCGAUUCUGGUUCAAGUUCUUGAUGAAAAAAUAAGGAUAGUUUCUCAAUUUGGAGAUGAAUACAAGAAACAAGUUGCAUCUCAGGCGGAAAUCGUCAAGACUCUGGAUGAAAAUGACGAGGGCGUGCUUUUUGCUGCUACCUUGAAUCUUUUGCAAGUUGCGAUCGCGAUUGACGGUGCUGAAACAUCUGCUAUUGAUCAGAUUCCUCUCCAAGGACCUACUAUCGAAUCCCUCAAACUAGUCAGUAGACCAAAAGACGAGCAAAAAAUUGGCAGUAUCGAGAAGUACACAUCCUUCAAGGGUUGGGAUAAGCUUCAUCCUUUCUUCGCGAAGAAUCUUGAGCUCAUCAAUGUCUACUCGUUAGCCCUUCAAGAAGCUCAGUUCGUUUAUGACGACGAAAAGGUCAAAUUAGGAGCACAGGAGUUCAGAAACUAUCCAAAUUUUUGGCUUAGAUCCAGAGAAUACCAGAUCUUUCAUCAAUUUGAAGAAGGCAAGGAUGAUCGAUUUGUUAAACGAUCUCUCCGAGAAGUAAUUGCACUAAAAACUGUCAUCGAUGACGAUUUCUCGCUGGAGAAAUUCCAAGUUUUACUUGGUCGAUAUUUCUACCGAAAUCUUGAAUCACCAGAAUCAGUCGAAAAAGUCAUCAAAGAAAAAAAUUUGCGAUUUAUGCUCGGUGCUCUCCUCCUUGAUUUCACUGAGCUCUUCGAAAAAUCUCCAGAAAAUCGAUCUCUUCGUAAACAUAUUGUUGAAAAAUAUAGCAGCAUGAGAGACCGAGCAUUGAUGGUCAUCGCUCGUGGCGAUCCUCAACAGGGACUUAGGCCAGUUUCUGAAGCAAGAGUUGAAGUUGAUAAGAUGAAAAAAGAACUUGAAGCGACAUUCUAUGAGCGGAAGGCAAUGGCUAAAUAUAUGAAAUCCCGGGGUUUUGCCUACUCUUCCCCUCCAGAAAAAGCCUUUGGACCGAAUCUUGCGAGAUCAUAUGACAGUGUCUUGACAUCAACAACAGUAAUCAAGGACGAGGAGAUUAUUCCAGAGUCAGAUCUCAGUGAUACUUUUGAUUUGUACUUCGUUCUUUAUCAAUAUGAGCAAAUGGAAAUUGCAUUCCACAUUCUUCAUGAAAACAAACAGAAUCCAUCAAACGAAGAAACUCUAUGGCAGAAAAACGAGAAAGAACGCCUCGAUCUUAUCUCAGAAUUUAUCGAGGCCAUCCAUACUUCACAGCUUUCUGUACGAUCCCGUCAAAGAGCAAUUCUAGAUGGCAAAGAAAUCAAGCAGGAUCGUCAGCGAUACAUUCAACUUGCUCGUCUUGUCCUCGCGCAAAAGGAGUCAAGAAAAGUCCUCAAAGAUCAAAGUGCACCGAAAGACAGCAAUUCUUCAGCUUGGCUCUCGUUUGGAGAUAAUGUGAUUCUGCGAAUGCUUCAAAACGCGAAAGCCAUUGUCACUAAGAUUCUCAACGAUUCCUUUCAAGAAGAGCUGCGGGAUUUUUGCAUGCUCAUGCCGGAAGCUGAUCGAGCCCAAGAGAUUAUCAAAACGAAUGAAGAACGAGCUAAAAUUGAUCCUACACAUGCUUCCGCAAAGAUCGACAAUAACUCUUUGAUUCAGAAGGGCUUGGCACUGGUGUACGCUAACAAAAUGCACCUCGCAAUAAAGCUCGGCGCAAGUGAAAUGAACUCAUCAGACAUUUGCGCCGCUAUUCUCGCGGAGCUUUUGGAAGAAUUUGACAACUUCCGCGAAAGCGAAUGGAAAGUUCACUCAAAAGCAACAGCUUUGGAGCUAGAAAAGCGGCUCAAUACCGAGAUUGAAGCUGGAACGUCUGAGGAAAUCUGGAAACUCAUUUCUGGAAAAACCUCCGUAGCGAGAGCAGAAGUCGACGCUGAACACGAUGAAGUUGUCGACAAAAAGAGAGACGACAUUAUCGCAGCUGCCCUGCUCAAAAGUGUUGGCCAGCAAGAGUGGCAACGGAUGAGCGAGAAAGACCGCCAAAUGAAAAUUCUCGAGAUGAAGAGGCUCCAACGCCAGAAUGAAAAAGAAUCUGUUGGCUUUUCAUCAAAGAAACUAAUGGAAGACUUCAACGGAAACGAAGAAGCAUACAGAAAAUACAAAGAAUCUGAGAAAGCGAAAUCUAAUCAAGCUUUGGAUGCAAAAAUUGCUGCUCUGAAAGCAAAGAAAGCGGCAGAAACUGAUGCCAAAAAGCAGGCUGAAGCAGAGGAAGAAAUCGAAAAACUCACAACUCUGAAACGAUCGUUAUCUGAUCUUCAAAAGGUCGAGCUUGAUGCAGACAAAGAAAAACUGGCAAUCAUGGCUUUCCUGGAAUCCUCUGAUGGCAAAAUGUCACAGGAAAAGAUGAGACAGAUGGCUUCUUUAAAACUACGCAUGCAGAAGAAACAAUUGGCAAACGGGGAAAUCGAAGAUACGGCAAUCUGGAUUAGAUCUACAGACGACAAAUCUGCUGCCGGGGCCGCAGCAGAAAAGCAGAGACAAAAAGAACUCGCAAAAGCUCGACUUGCGGCGCUAAAAGCUGGCCGAAUCCAGAAAUCGGAAGAGCCAGUUGACCAAAAUGCAUCUAAAGAAGAUCAGCUGGCUGCUCUUUUAGAAAACAUGCAGAAAGAGGAGCUGGCAUUUGUUUACGCCAGAAUCGAAUGCAAGAAAUACAAGUCACUUGGCUCUGAUAGAAUCGAGCUCUUGUCAAAACUUGAUGCUACGAACGAUGUCGAAAAGGCAAUAGACAUCCGUCUUGCUUUGAUUGCUCUGACAAAUGAAGAACCAGAUGUUGAACUCAUUCGUCUCCUUGCUGAAGAACAGAAGAAAGUAUCUUAUGAAGCUCUGAAUAGGGACUCAAGAGGUGACUUUGAAGACUUAUUGGAAGAUGUGAAGAUGAAGUCCGUUCGCAAUGUCGCGUUUUGCGUCGGAAGCGACGAAGAAGUUGAGCGUGAGUUGGCUAGCAAAUAUAGGGCUGUCAAACGACAGGCUUCACGAAACGCAAUCAAGGAAGAAAUUUCUGAUGCUGUCUGGGAUGAAUUAGAUAAAAAAGAACAGCGCCUUGCUAAUGUUAGAAAAUUGUUUGUCAUAAAGGAAAAACUCAUUGACGAAAUCGCAUCUUCUGAUGACAUCGACGCAGCGAUCAAAAAUCAUAAGCGAAUCGCCGAACUCUCCAUGAAGGCCAAGAAAGAAGACUUGAAAACAGAAGCAGAGAAGCAAGAAAGCGCUAAGAAGAGAAAGAACGUUUUGGAUGACUUGAGUAAAAAUUACGAUCGUGAACUCCAAGGAAUCCUUGCAGCGGCGGAUCAGCAAGCUGACCGUCAAAAAGCAGAGAAAGCUCGUCAAUUAAAAAUUGCAAUGAUCAGGAAAGAGAGAAAACAAAUCGAAAAAGAAAAUAAGACCGAGGAAAUCGGAGCUUUUGUACGAGAAAUGACCAUGGCUACAGCGAAUACAGAAAAACGCGUAAAUGACGAGCGAAAAAGACAGCAAGAACGCCAAAAAGAAAAACUCGCCGCAAUGAAACGAAAGCGUCAGACGAUGACGGAAAAGGCGAAAGAAGAACAGAUUCAACAGGAAAUCGAGAGCUUUUUUGACAAAAAUGAAAUUGAAAACAAUAUUUCCGAUGUAGACAGUUUCACUGAAGAUACAUUAUUUGACCAAGUUCUGACAGCGAUGACGAGUUUACACUCCAGUGAAAUAAGCGCCCUUCACACACUCAUAGUCACUGCUACAGACAACAAAGAUGCCCUUGCUGACGCUGAGGCAAUGGAUCUAAAAAAACUUGAGAAAAAGCUCUCUGGUGGCAGCAGUUCUUAUUUCAAGCGUCGACUCGAGUACUACAAUAUUCACCUCGACGAGCCACUUCCUGAACACAUGAUCCCAUCGAAACAAGUCGAGCAGAAGACCUUGCUUACAAAGGCCAUGAUUCUCCGCUUCGUUAAGUUUAACAAAGAAAAAAACAUUUCCAAAACCUCUGAGUCGCUGGACGCAUAUGAAGAAGCGACAAUAUAUCUAAGCUCUGAGUUGACAACACGGCAAGCUCUUGAAUUGAAGAAUUUCGAGUCAAUGCUUGAAGACCUUGAGGACCCGGUACUCAAGGAAGUGAUCAAGCUUCUUAAGCGGGCGAAAAACGAGUUCUGGUCGCCCAACAUCACUUCAGUCAUGUUUUACCCCCCAAUGACGAAGGAAGACGGACCCGCUCUGGCGCAAGCGUGGAUAAAUCAAGCUAAAAAGAGAUGCUCAGGAGCUGCAGCAGGAAUACUCAUCGACCAAAAAAUAUCACAAAAACGCAAAGACGAUCGAGCGACGGAAAACAUCUUGACACGCCAACACACGAUCAUUCAAACGAAUAUCACUCCUGAAGAAGAAAAGGCUAUGCUCGAACAAUUCCAGCAAAAUAUGCUCAAGAGGCAAUCGACCAUCGUUGAAAGCAGAAAGUCGCAAAUGCAAAAGAUUCUUGAGAGAAAGAGCCAACUCAAGGAGAAGCAGCAAGAGAGAAAAGCUGCAGAGGUUGAGAAAGCGCUUCUUGCAAUGGAUCGGGAGAAGACAAUGAUGAUCAAUACAAGAAAAAGUCAAUCAACUGGGCUUGAAAAUCGACUGGAUACACUCAGAUUGGAGAGAACAAUGACCCAGGCAAGGAAAUCCCAGGGAGGAUUGAACUUUGCCAACCAAGCGAACGAGGGUGAUGACAUGGAAGAUCUUGCGCAAAAACUCCAAGCAACAGCAACAAUCGAGCGACAAGACACAAAUGAGCUGCUACUUGAAAUCAACAACUCGGAAAAUGCAACUACACCCGCUGAAGAAGAAACUCAAGGCGACUCACUCACAAUGAUGCGCGAAAGGACCAUGAUGCGAAAAAGCAAGAAAAAGGCUAAAGAGUAG